AUGCAAACGGACCCCGACAUGGACACGGACACAGAAACCGCGGCGCUCUGCCCCCCCGACAGCGGCCGGGGCUCCCCUCCAGGGACGCCCACCCCAGAAGCAGUUGCCGCACUGUUGAAGCCAGAGAAACUGCUGGCUGGGCUGGACCCCAGCACUCCAGCCCCUACCCUGGGGGCCCCCAAAAGAAGAGGCAGUAUGCCUGUCCCCUACAAGCACCAGCUGCUACGGGGCCAAGCUGUAGAUGAACUUGACUGGCCACCUCAGGCGUCAUCUGAUUCCUCUGACUCCCUGGGGUCAGGAGAGGCAGCCCCCCACCCAAAUGAUGGCAUCUUCAAGGUCAUGCUGGUCGGGGAGAGCCGUGUGGGCAAGAGCACCCUAGCAGGCACCUUCUUCGAUCUCCAGGGAGACAGUGCUCAUGAGCCUGAGAACCCAGAAGACUCCUAUGAGAGACGAAUCAUGGUGGAUGAGGAGGAAGUGACUCUGGUUGUAUACGACAUCUGGGAACAGGAGGAUACAGAGGGGUGGCUUCCGGACCAGUGUCUUCAGACUGGAGACGCCUUCCUCAUCGUCUUCUCGGUCACCGAUCGAAGAAGCUUCUCCAAAGUUCCGGAAACCCUACUUCGGCUUCGGGCCCGGAGGCCCAACCACGACCUGCCUGUCAUCCUCGUUGGCAACAAGAGCGACCUGGCCCGCUCCCGGGAGGUCUCGCUGGAAGGUGUGUAUCCUGAACCUCAUUCCUCAAGCCUCUGCUUCCCACUUCUUCAAAGGCCCGCGCGCCGCGAGAGCCUCACCAAGAAGGCCAAGCGCUUCCUCGCCAACUUGGUGCCGCGCAACGCCAAGUUCUUCAAGCAGCGCUCGCGGUCGUGCCACGACCUCUCCGUGCUCUGAGCCGCCGUCGCCAUGGCCACCGCGUCGCCAUGGCCACCGCUCCCUGCGCCCGUCCCCGCCCCUCCGUCCGCCCGAGUCCGGCUCCCUUCGUGGAGGCCGGCCGCCUGCCUAG